UGACGUUUCGCGGGCGGGGUGACAUCACUAUUUUCUGGUUGUGUUGUAGUUGUAUCAGUCACUCAUAGAAUGACGCAGUAGAAGGUCGUCUCAGAGAUGGCGAGCUUCCCAGUAUGAAAAUACAAUUUUAUGGCGAGGUAAAAAUAUUUUGUUUGGGAAGAAAAAAUGUCUGCAGACUCUCCAAGGCGUGGUGUACAUAAAGGAGUUCAAAUUGUGUCACCUCAACCAAUAGUUGAUCGUUCAAUUAUAGAUAGUGUUGCAGGAAUAAUUAAUGAUAUUGUUCCACAGGCUUAUACGGGCACACCAAAUUCUGAAAAUAAAGAGUCUAUUUCAUGGGCACGGUUUGAGUAUGCAGACAUUAAUGAUCCUGCCUUGUAUCCAGAUUACAAUGAAGGCUCUAAUACACCACCUUUAUUAUUGGUGCUUGGUUAUACAACUGGAGUUCAGGUAUGGUUGAUAGCAGCAACAGGAGAAGCAACUGAAGUUUUAUCAUGGCGACAAGGAGUUGUGCGCACUUUAAGAAUUUUACCAAAUCCAAAGACUGAUGAUGAACAUGUUGAUUUAUUUGAAUUGAAACGACCCAUGGUAGCAAUAUGCGAUUCAGCUGGACCUGGCCCACAAUUUUGCAAUAUUAGUUUUAUUUCAUUGAAAACUGGGGAACAAACAAAAAGCAUUAAAUUUAAAAAUCCUGUUUGUGACAUUUUGGCAAAUAAACGAUCUAUAGUCGUAACGUUUUUAGAGAAAAUUGCGGUGUUCGAUGCUCGAACAUUGGAAGAUAUAUUAACAGUUACUACCUGUUAUGCCAGUCCUGGUCCAAAUCCAAAUCCUAUUGCUUUAGGAUCGCGCUGGCUUGCUUACAGUGAAAAAAAAUUAUUACCUGUAAAAAGAAGUAGUGGUGGUUGUGAAGGUGAAGGAGUUCAAAGUUAUACAGCAACUGUUCUGUACGCAGCAAAGUCUUUAGGAAAAGGUUUGCGUGGUUUGGGAGAAACAGUUGCAUCAAGUUUAACUGGUAAUUCAGUAUCACCAGUAGUUAUUAAUAAUACGGGCAGUGAUGUAACCCAACCAGGAGUAAUUACGAUAUUAGAUCUUCAAUCUGCAAAAGAGGAAAAAGAGUUAGAUGAUGCGAAUAUAGAGACUGUCAUUGCUCAUUUUACUGCCCAUAGCGAUGCAAUCGUUGCCAUGACUUUUGAUUUAAGCGGUGCGUUGCUAAUGACCGCUGACAAAAGAGGGCAUGAUUUUCAUGUAUUUAGAAUUCAACCACAUCCAGGUGGUCCCACUUUGGCAGCAGUACAUCAUUUAUAUAUACUGCACCGCGGAGAUACUACUGCGAAAGUGCAGGAUAUGGUUUUUUCGAGUGAUACUCGUUGGGCGGCAAUUUCGACUGUGCGGGGUACUACUCAUGUUUUUCCUGUUGCACCAUAUGGUGGACCAGUAGGAAUACGAACUCAUUCCACACCUCAUGUUGUAAAUAGACUUUCAAGAUUUCAUAGAAGUGCAGGUUUAAUGGACGAUGGUACUAGAUCUCAUUCUCCCGUAUCUCAUACAGAAUUACCUUUGUCAAUUUAUCCGUACUCUAAUCCAAGACUUCCUCCAUACCCUCAUCCAACUGUAUUGCAUCCCUUGGCACAGAUACGACAACCAUCGUCGUUAAAUCACGUAAACAGUCAAGCUCAACAGAGUAGGCCGCAGCAACGACAACGAUUAUAUUCGGAUGAUAGUGGAACAUUACCAUUAAAAAUAUGUGCUUGUUUUGCACCUCCAAGAGCUUGGAUGUAUGCACAAAGAGAAUCUACUGUGAAAGUUAUGAAAAGAGCAGUUGAUUCUUUGUUCAUUAUGGCGUGUCAUGGAAAUAUGAUACAAUAUGAUUUAGAACCUAAACCAGUUGCAGGUGUACCAAAAGAAAAAGUAUGCGACGAUACAAUGAUAGAAUUAGAAGUUGAAGCUAAAGGUCAAUGGCCUCUUUUAAGAUCUCCGAAUUCUUUAGAGAUUGUGCCACCUUUACCAACGUCUAGCUCUUUACUGAGUGUCAAUACUAUACCAAAAGAUAUUCAAGAUGGUGAUUUAGCAGAGGAUCGUUGGUUAAGUCAAGUAGAAAUUGUAACACACGCUGGCCCACAUAGACGACUUUGGAUGGGUCCGCAAUUUGUUUUCAAGACUUACAAUGCAACUAGUGGAGCUCCUGUAAAUCUUGUCGAAGCUGAGGCUAUUGAAAUUGGCGUAACCGGUGGAUCUCGUCCUGCAAGAUCGAAUCCAGUCAAUAUGCCACAUGCUGCAUCCAGAUCUUUGGUACCUGUCGUUAUCGAUGGAUCAGGAAGUAGUUACGAGCAAUCUCCAAGAUUCAUGGAGGCAUAUGGUGAUCCCUUAGAUAGUGAAAAUGCGGGUGUUGGUGGUGAAAAUCAAUUGAGAGAAGAUCUGGCUGAAGCUAUGCUGGAAACAUCAAUAGCUCCGCAUCGUGCACCAGGGAGGCGAUCGGUAUUUGAGAGGGUGGGUCAACCGGUAACUAAAGUCGUCAACCCUCUGGGCACCGUGAUUACCGUAUCGGCCGAUGAGGAGGACAUUAACUCGAGUCAGGAGUUCGAUUCCUCGGAGGAGAGCCACAUGCCUGAACCACCUAGGAGCGUGUGCGCCGAAGAGGGCCCGGCUUCUCUCGGUGAUUUCGAGCCGGAGAGUCAAACUCUGCGUAAUCUCACCAAAAUCUGCGCGGAAAUGCGUUCAGCUAGCGAGCCAGCGAUCGACAGUGUGCCAGACGAGAACAUAUGUGAAGUGAAAGAGAGAAAAACUUUAUGCGUCGAGAUUGCUUCCAUCACGAAUCCAGGAAAUUCUACCAUCGAUUUUGAAAGGGUAGAAGCUUUCCGCGAUGUACCGACCGGAUUGAACCUUUGCGUGGAACAAGGUGAGAUCCCUAGCAGCCCCAUGACCCAGGCGAAGGAAACCGCUUGGUACAAGAAACUUAAUAAGAGGGAAGAUGCCCACGAGAGAAGUGUAUCCGAGGCGCAAUACGUGGUCAGCUGUGACGAGGAUAGCGUCGUAUUGAUGGAGAAUAAAGCGGCCCAAGGACGAAAGACCGCCUCGACGCAUUGUAGGGCGGAGAGUAAAAGAGCUAGCGAGCAUGAAAAAGUUGCCAAGAAAUCGGGGAGGAACGGUACGAGUUCUGGGAAACGGGCAGACGUUAAGACGCCUACUAAAAGAUACGUUUUAAAGGAGCACGAGGAUAGUAUCGUUAUCGAGGAUACUUGCAGCGACUCGAGGAGCAGUAGUUGCGGCAAGAAGAGGGGAUGCGAGAAGAUUGAAGACACAGGCAAACAUUCUGAGUAUAAGGGCGGGGAAUCAUUGAAGGAAACUGGAAAGGUUAAAGGUAGAUCGAAGUCUUCCACGGUUCAUAGUAGUUGCAAAGAAACGACAACAAGCGAGCUCGCGACGGAAAGCAAAAGUUCGACUAAACACGUAGAAUCGAUCAUAGAACUGGAUUCUAUAACGGAGGAAACGGACAAGAAGGAAGAUUUCAAAUCGACUCUUAACGUAGACGUGUUGAUCAAAGAAAUGGAUAAGUAUAAAUCACCAGCAUCAGACUCGACCGACGAUUUCAGUUGCAGCGAGUAUCACAUCGUCGAUGCACCUUGUUGCAAUAAAGAUGGCACUUCGGUACAAUCUGACGAGGAUAUCGAGCAUAUCCAGAGUUCGGAGAUAUCUCAGUUGCAGCAAGCCGAAUGCAUGGAUGGUGACAAAUGCGUGGAUGUGAUAAGUUGUGCGGGCUCUUCGCCCAUUAUGCAGAGGAAGAAUAGCAAGAACACGAUAUCCGACGACGAUAUCGAAUACAUACAUUCGUCAGAGGUGGAGACACCUGAAAAAGCUUGCAAAGAAGACACGAGAUUCGAAACGAGUAAGGGUAGCAGCGACAGUGAAUCGACCGGCACAAGAUGCAAAUUAACAUUUUCUGACGAUGAUUUGGAACACGUACACCAUUCGGACGUCUACGCUUUAUUGCCUGAGAAAUCUAAGGAGGUUCGUGAAAGGAGCGCGGCGAGAAGAUCUCACGAGAUUUCGACGGAGCAACAACAGCAAGGGUCGAGAAUCAAGAGCUCGAAGAAGUCGAAAGAUAUCGUGGUGAUCGAGAGUGACACGUCGGCAGCCGACGUGACUGUCAUCUUUAAACCGGUCGAGAGUUGGAAGAGCAAGAGUACGGAGAGGAGAGACGAAAGUGAGGAGGCUGGUCUCUGUAUGAAAGAUAUUCCGGCUAGCGAAAAUCCUAGCCCGAUGAAAAGAGCUAAGAUUCGUCCCGUUAAAACGUCACCUUCGAAUGUUGCCCCCAAACGAUCUCAGGCAGGAAUCGAGAUAAUCGACAUCGAUGCCAUGCAAAAAGCCGAGAUGGAUGUAUUGGCCGACGCAGCAUCGGUGUCCGAAUGCAAAAUCCUCGCUGGACCCGAGGUGUGCGGGACACGCGCCAGAAAAUCUCGAAAGAAUAAAAAGGCGAACAACGAAGGUAAGGAAGCUCAGAGCACCGAGAUUCUUAUCGAGGCUGUGAAAACCGUCGAAGAAACUGGGAAGGAGUCGAGUUUGCAGGAGGUUGAAUUUUCCUGGAGUGCUGUCGUGAAGAAAAAAAGCGGUUCUCCCGUGGCCGAGCCAGAAACACGGAAAGAAAAAGAAGAAGAAGAAGGAGGAGGAGAAGGAGGAGGAGGAGGAGGAGAAGAGGAACAAGAAGAAGAAAAGAAGAUGGAGGAGGAUAAGGUAAAGCAAAGUUCGUUCGAGGUCUCGCCUAUCCUGGAGAAGAUAGAAUCUUUGAAGAAGAAGAUACACGAAUCUUCGUUGAGAAAAAGUCUGGACAAAAAGAGUUGUGUUUUAGAGACGUACCCCGAAGAGUCUUCCGUUCAGAGUUCCGAGAUUUCAUGGAGCUCGAUCGUCAAAAAGAAAAACGUAUCCUCCAUCGAUUUGGAAGCGAGAAAGGAGGCCGAGCUGGAUCCGAUCGUGGAGGAAUCGAGUGUCGAGGAGAAGAAAACUCAUCGAAAACGAAUCGUCGAAUCUUUAUUGUCUCAAUCCUCAACUAUGGGGGAUCAAUCGAAAGAGGCAGAGAGAAGCGUGGAUGAAUCUUGUGAUCAGAGUACGGAAGGAUCGUCGUGGAGUUUCAUCGUGAAGAAGAAGGCAACGACCGCGGAAACGGUGACUCGAAAGGAACACAUCGAGCAGAAAUCUCAGAGAAAAUUGGAUCUCAUAACCGAUUCGUUGGAGAUUACCUCGGAUCGUGAAACGAAAUCGGUUAACGGAUCGACCGCGAGUAAAAGUUGCGAGAAGACCUCGAAGCUGGAGACUGUAAGCGAGAUGGACGAAAGGGGUUCGAAGAAUUGGAGCGUCGAGUCGUUGCUGGUCGACCCGGUGUUUACGAAGGAAGAUUCCUCGGAGCCGGAACGGGACACCGAACCGGAGAAGAGGAGUGAUUCGGAGCAGGAGAUCGUACCGGAGCGUUCGAGCUCCUCAGACGAGUUGAACGCGAAUGUUGUGUUCACGAACAACGAGGGAGAGUAUUCGAGUCGCGAGGUCACCGAUAGGGGUGCGACGAACGGCUCGAGCUCGGUGUCCGGCACGAAGAAGAGCAACAGGUCGAAGAAAAAAAAACGCAGAUGAGUAGAGGAUUGCAUGGAUGUACCUAGGGCCAGCCUUGCCCUUUAUAUACUUUUGAUGCAAGUAACCGGGGUCGAUUAGCAUAAACUAGCAUUACGCAAAUCCGAAUAUAUAAAAAAAAAAGUUUAGAGUGUACGAACUGGGAACAAAUUGCGCUUUCGAUUCUCAGUGGUCGAUCGAGCGAUCAAGACGUAAGAUCGGCUUUAUUAAAGAGCGUUAUCUUAGAAUACAUGUAUCAUAUUAUAAUCACCUUGUUAGAGAAUUAAAUUUUCAAUUCUAUUUUGAUCGAACGACGCGUUCUCUCGAAUCUUCGCAUCGAAUUUGGUAUUUUUAAAAACCUUUUUCUAAAAUUAUUAUUAUUGAGAAAGAGAGAGAGAGAGAGAGAGAAAGAGAAAGAGAAAAGAAAAAAAGAGAAAUAAAGAGAUAUUAAUUAGUUGAUUUAUUAGUACAAAAAUUUUUUAGAUAUAUUCGGUGGAAUUUCUUAAUUGAAAAGAGCAAGGCUGUUAUUAUUGAGUGUACAUCCGCUGACGUUCGAGUCGAAUACGUGAAAUUAAAUAAGAAAAAAAAAAAGGGAAACAAUACACAUACUCACACGCAUACUUUACACACAUGUAGAAUUUUUCGAAAUGAAACCUCUGUGUACAUAGAUAUAUGAAACAAAAUCAAAAAAAAAAAAAAAAAAGAAAGAAAAAAAAAGAAAAAAAAGAAAAGAAAGAAAAAGAAACACCGUCUGUGGUUCGAACAGUUUCAUAGCGAUUUCUGUUUCGACUGCCUUAUAUCAUUGUCAAACGAGAAUCCGCUGUGCGUUUAUCCGCGUGAUGCAUAAUGAGAAGUGUUAUAAGCUUUUUAUUACGAUCGACGAAAUUCAAAUGAAAUGAACGAAUCGAUUCGCGACCAUUCAUCGAUUAUUUGGCAAUUUUUUAGACUUUAGAUAGUUAAUAUUUAUAGCAUUAUAGCAAUUGCCUUUCAUUUUUAUUCAUACGGUUAUGAAUAGAGAUUACAAAGGGAUAUUCAGCUUGUUAGUUCCUAGCUUUCUUUUUCAAAUCAAAUGAAAAUAAUAUGGAGCGUAAAAGUUGUGGUAAAUUUAAUAAAUUUCCUUUGUAUUUAUACUUUAAUAGUAUUGAAUACUUGUGUUAAAAAGCUUAUUGAAUAAUGCGACGAGUUAUCGAAUAAUAACUCACUCUGAAAAGAAGCUUUUAGAAGCUUAUUGAACUUCAAUAAUUGUCAUAUGGUAUCGGUCUUAGGUAACUCAACUGUGUCUUGAGAUUAAUGUAACUUUUUUUUUUUAUUGAAAUUUAAUUCUGUUUCUUCUCAUACGUAUCGUGAAAAUACGUAUAAUAAUUUUUCCAUUAAAUUUGUUUAAAAACAAAAUCAUAACUUUUCUUUAUGAAUAGAAGAAUUUGACUAAUAUAUCAAAGAAAAAAAAAUAAAAGAUACGCUAGGAACUAGUGAUACGAACAUCCUGUAUAUGAUUAAAUGUUCAGCACAAAGCUAUUCGUCUCUGUACAAAAAUGUGUCCAAUCGAAAUCGUCGCGUUUGUCUCUAUUUUUUGUAUCCGCUGUCGAGACAUGCUUUCCAUGAAAGCCAUUCGUAAUAUGAUUUCAUGGAUCUGGAGGAAAUUCUUUCGAAGAAUUUGCGAACAGACACUUCUGACUAUAUUCUGACUGUUCCGAGGUUUCCUGGAAUUUUCAUGGGUUCUGUAUGCGAUGAGUUUGUCAUAUCAUGAGGAAAAAUCGAUAAAAAAAAGAAAAGGUUGAGCUUCGUUUAAGAUGGCGUAUAGAUAGACGAUUGAAAACAUUUUUUCUUUUAAUAGUUAAACGAGUGAAUAAUAAUUUUUCUCUGGAAGAUUGCAAAUUGAUUUUAUAAUUCACUUUAUAUUUAUUGCUAGUCAGUAAAAUAUUAAAUAAUUUUUUUUUUCAAUUUAAUUUAUAUCAUCGAUAUAAAUUACUCCUUUCGAUAUUGCGAAUAUGAAAGGGAUAUAUAUAUAUAAUAUAUGCUUUUUAUUAUUUUUUCUUCCAUUUAAAUUAAAUAGAGAUUGAAAUUAUUUAUAUGAUAAUACAAUAAUCUUUUAUGGAUUUCUAUUUAUUUAAUGAACUUCUGGAAAGUAUUUAUUGAAUUGGCAUAUGUAAAAGAAUUAUUCUUUAAAUUAAGUUCAUUUUAUUAGAAAGAAGAUAAAAAGUUUGUAAAAUAUUUCAUUUAAUAAUUGCAAUUAUUAAAUUGUAUUUUACGAUAUUAACAAAAAUAUGGAUAUUUUUCUCUUUUUUUGACAAAUGAAUCGUUGAACGAUUUAAAAAUAUUUUUAUCUCUAAUCUGAAUUAGAAAAGAAUUCAAUACUAAUAUUCUACUAUUAAUAUGAUUGUAUUCUUCUGCUCUGUACGCCACAUUUGCAUUCACACGAAGCUCACCCAUAUUAACAUAAUUGAUAGUACGUCGAAAGUACGGGUAUACUUUUAUAAAAAUUUGCAACGCAGAUUUUUCUUCUUUAUGGAUCAUAAAGUUUAUUUUUCAUUCUUAUCGAUCGUUAUAUCGAUAAAUCGAAAAAACUUCUUUAACAACCAAUAGUUAUAUAUAUAAAAUGAAGGAUAAAAAAGAAAAACAAUAUAUCGAUAUUGAUGAGAUAUAUAAAAACACAUAGAAGAGUAUACCUAAUUUUCGUUACGUUACGUGCCACGUAUUAUACAUAUAUAUAUAUAUAUAAAUAUUUUGCAAAAGAAAUAAUCAUGCUUUAAAUCCAAAGGAUUUUAAUUGAUUUGUGAUGUAAAACAGGUGGAAAUCUGUUUAUCAUCUACUUUAUCGUUAAUCUUCAUAUAUAAAUUCUAAUCUAAUAUAUUGAUUGGAUCUUUGUCCUGUUACGAUUGAUGUGUAUAAAAUUACAAUCGUAUUUCUUGCAUUGUAUAUGAGCAAGAAUUUAAAAAAAAAAAAAAAAGAAAAAAAAGAAAGAAGAUUCUGUUUACACCGAUUCAGAAUCUCGUUUCAUUACACUUAGGUAAUUUUCUUCUCUUUAAUUUUCAUAUCCUGUUUAGGUACACAAGAUAUGUUCUUCGUCCUCUUCGAAAGCUUUUCGAGUUAAAAAUACUCGAUACUCUUUUAACAGUUUCUGUUAAUCUAUGCAACAAAUGAAUUUCUCCUCGUUAAUCGGUGUGAAUCAUAAUCGAUGAUUACACGUAAUCGCGCGUUAGAUAUCGCUGGCUCUAGGCAUUUCGAAAUUGUAAAUACUCUUACAUCGAUACAUCUUCGAAAAAAAAAAAACUUCCAGAAAAUCUUUUUCGAUACAAUAUUCUUCUUUAGCUUUAGAUCAAGCUAGAUCACAUUAGGAAGUAUAAAUAAUAGCGUAUCGUAUAUAUAUUUUUGACACGUUUCUUCAUCUGAACUAUCCUAUUUGGAAUAAUUGCAUAUUGUGAAUCAGGCGAUUUUAAGGAACUUUGGAAGAAAAAAAAGAAAUUCCUGAAGGAGCCAAAGAUGGAUUGUGAUCGAUUAGUUGCAUAAACGAAAAGAAAAAGAAAAAAAAAAGAAAAAAAGUUGGGAUUAUAGUUUCAUUAUCAGCACCAUGAUCAUCUGUGCGAUGAACAAUUUUUCGAAAUAAAUCUUCUGUGCCGCAGAAUUGUCCGUUUAAUCUUACGGAGAAGCUAUUGGUGAAUAGCGAGGAUAUGUUAGAACAAUUUUAAAUAGACGCAGUAUACGCUUAUUGCGUGAAUCGGAAAGCAUCGAUUUGCGAUUCUCACAUUUUAUUUAAUUAAUAUUUGGAGACAAGAUUUUCAUUGUGCGUCCUGUAAUUGCACUGAUUUAUAUUUUUUUAUUUUUAUCACGCAAGGUUAAAUUACCUUUUAAUCUUACGAGAUUUAAUAGCUAAUGAAUCGUCAGGGAUCACUAUUGAUUGAAAUAUUUGGCUUGAGGAACAUUCCGUUUAAACGUGAAUACAAAUUAAAUUACGUCGUAUAUAUCGCUUAAUAUUAUCGAAUUAUAAUCGAUAUCGAAUGAAAAAUUAAUAAUCAAUAAUAAAAUGACCGAGAAAAUCUGAAUUGAAAUUCAAAUUGAAAUUCGUGAGAAGAUAUAUAAAGAUCGGUGCAAAUAUUCACUGUGACCAUCUUGUAAUAAGAAAUGAAAAGAGAAACCUCCUAAAAACCUCCAAUGAAGAUCUUCGACUCCGUUUCUUAGUACAAUUUUCUUCUGUGCAUGUUUCUCUGUUAGUUUAUAAAUCAUCGUGCCCUUAUUUAUAUGUUUAUAUGUUUCGAUCGAAAUCUCUGAUAUACUUUUUUUUUUUUACAUUUAUCUUCUAAUCUUUUUCUCCGAUCGAUUGAAACCUUCUCUUUCGUGUUUAUUAGAGAGUAUCAUGAGUAUCGAGCAAAAAAAUCGAUUGUUCGUUUACAUAGAUUAUAUAAAUAUAUAUAUUAUAGUAUAAAUAUAUAUAUACAUAUACAUAACUCGUUAGAGUUUGUUGUUAGUACAAAUGGAAAACGACGAGAUCUUUUCGAUCGGACAAAGAUCUCUUUUCGGAGAUUUAGCCGUGAGAUAUUUAGUACAAAGCUUAUAAUCGUCACUUUCGUCCUCGUAAGUGCUGUGAUUAUGUUUUGUGAUUUGCUGUGUUUAUUCACUGCUACGUCGAGGGAAACGAGUAGCCAUAAUUGUAUGUUUUUUUCUUAUAUAUAUAUAUAUUUUUUUUUGGCGUUGAAAAACGAUCAAAAAUCUUGAAAGCAUAUGUUACACUUUCAAUAUGUGAAUUAAGUUCUUAAAACGGAAUUUUAGGAAUGAUUUUUUUUAGUUAUUUUAUAAAGAGAAAGAGUUUUAGGAAAUCUAGGUGUUAGAAGUAAUCGAAUUUAUUUACCGACUAAUUAUUACCGACUAGAGGAAUAAUUAUUUGUAGUAACAAUAUUUAUAGUAAUUAUUUAUCACGUGUGCGCAAUAUCGAUAUAUUUUAGAGUUAGGUUAUUUGUAUUCUUUAUUACUACUUGGUUUUCUCUGUAUUAUUUUUUAUUUUAUUGUGUGUUUUUAAUUUUUUUCCGUUUCACAUUUUUAUUGCACAUUUUGCUAAGCAUGCGGCAAAAUCAUAAAAUUGUGCUAAAAUAUGGCUCAAAUUUUUAAGAUUUUCACUUGAAAAUUGUUGAUGAUAAUCAUGAUAUUGAAAAGAGAAGAAAAAAAUUACAAAAUAACUAUAUAUAUAUAACUGUUUAUAGCAAUUAAUUAUCUUAUAAAUAAUAUGAAACAAUAUGUUUUCGUGUGGUUUAUUUAAAGUUUGUAUUUCAUGUAUUAUUAGUUUUUUCUAAAGUGUGAAAAAAAACAAUUGUUUGAAUGUAUAGUAGAAUAUUUUACGUAAUUGAAAUUUUAUUUAUUUAAGGAUAUAUUUAUCUUAUAGAAAUUAUGUACGUUUUAAUAUAUUUUUAAUAUAUAUUUAAUAAUUUUCAUAAAAUAACCAAUUGACAAAUUUUACAAUACUAACAGUCAAUUGAUUUGUAAUUUAUUAUUUAAUUAAUUUUAAUUAAAUAAUAAUAUAUUAUAAGUAACAUCUUUUAAAAAUAGAUAUAAUUAUAUUUCUUUAAUUUAUUUAAGUAUUUAUAUACUUUUUAUAAUUUUUCGUAUUAACAAAAUUAUUCUAUUAUUUCGAAUAUUUAUUUAUAUUACGUGAAUGGUAUAUUAUAUUAUAUAUACCAAUAACGAUUAACGUGAAAAUAAAUAAGAUGAAAUAAAAAUAUUAAUUUUGUAUUAAAACAGAGACUGUUUAGAUUCAUACUAAUCGUAUAAGAGAAAAAAAAAGAGAAAAUAUAUGAAAAGAUUAUGUUUUAUAUAUAUGAAAAGUUACGUUUUAAGUGAAAAUCUGUAAAAUUUUGAGAAGCUUAUGAAAUAUUUUUUUAUCGAAUAUAGUCAUGUAUGUAAAAUAUAUAUUCGAACAAAAUCUACAGUUUAGUAAUAAAGGAUUAUUUCUGCCAUAAUAAUUAAUUAAAACAUUUUAUUAUUUUACAAAUAAUUUAAAAAUAAUUUAUAUUAAUAUAUUUCGAUUAUUUAUAUAAACAGAAAAAGAUUUUUGUUUAGAUGUAUGAAUUUUAUGUGAUGGGAUGUUAUAAUUUGAUGAAAGAUUUUCUUUUACAUGAAUUACUAUUUUGUAAAUAGUUCAAUUUAUUACAUAAAAAUGAAAAAGAAAUAUCAUAUUUCUUUUAUUAAUUUCUUUAUUUAUCGAAGAGAAUUUUUUUUAUUCUAAAUAUUUUAUAUUUUUUCAUAAUGUUGAAUGAAACCAAUAUUAUUUAGUUUUAGAAUCAAUGAAUAUCGAAACUCAUAUUUUUUUUACGAAAAAUCAAUUCAAUAAUUAUCAAGACUGCUUAGUAAUGUAUAUAAAUUCUUGCGAAACACGUGAUAAUAUUCCAAAAAUUUGUAAUGUCUUUCAAUAGUAAUUUAAAGUUUUAGGUGCAUAGACUAUAACGAAGUCGAAAUCUUGGAAGAAUCAAAUUACGAGCCAUAAAUAUUUUUUCUCUUAAAACGAGAAUAAUGAUUGUAUGUAUCAUAAAGAAUUAAAACGACUUCUUAUAAACGUAUAUGAUUUUCUCGACGUAGCAAAUAUAGUGUUAUCGAGGGCAUUCGUUGAUAUAUUAAAAAUGCAGAGAUUUCAAUAAUUCUGCCAAUCAGCAGAAUAUUCUUAUUUUGUAUUAUAAGAAUUUUGUUGGAGUCCAAUAUCCAUAAUGUAUAAUCCAAGUAAAAAAAAAAAAAAAAUGUAUCUCUUCGAAUUAAAAUAUUUAUCCCUUGAAUCCAUUCCUUCAUAAUUCUUCUCUAUUUUAAAAAAAAUGCUUUGUAAAUGGACGAAAGGAAACGAAACUGUUCGAAUGAAUGCAUCGAAUUUGUUAUAAAAACUUAUACUGACAUACUGAUGCAAAACAAAAUCGAAACUGAUUUAUACAUACAGUAAUAAAAUACAAAAAUUGUAUUUCUAAAUAGAAUCAUUUUUUUUUUAAAAUAGAAUGUAUGACUCUUUUUUUAUAAAGUGUUGACACACGAUUAUAUUUUUAGCAAAGAAAUAAAUAUUUUCAACACAAAGAAUUAACAAAAAUAUCAAUCCCAGAUAAUUUUUUUUUAAUAUUGUAAUAAUAUAAUCAAUACGCAAUUCGAUAGCCGUUUCUCGUCUGAAACAAAAAUACAUUAUAUCUCUCUCUUAUUCUAUCGUUUUUUUCUCUAUUCAUUUAUUUUCGAUACAUCUUCUAUACCCUUAUUGUAUUACUUUCGAAGAAGGAAUAUAAUACAGUAUAUUAAAUAGUGAUCAUUAAAUGAUGUUGUGUGGAUUGUAGACAAUUUCGAAAAUUAUGUAUUUUGUAUGAUACACCCUGUUAAAAAAUCUUAUGUUUAUCAUGUGUAUUCGAGAAUUUUGAAAAAAAUUGAACAAUUAUUAAUAAAUAUUAAUCUUGACAUUUUAUACGAGUAUAAGGUAAUUAAAAUUUUUUGGUAAAAAAACUUUUUGCAAAAUUGAAAUUAAUAAUUUAUAUUAAAUAUAUUUAUUUUUUUUUUAGAAAUAAAUAUUCCAAGAUUUUUAAACAGGAGUGUACGUUUAUGCAUAAUGAAUACGUUGACUGUUAUGGGAAUCAUUGAUGAUGGGAAGUAGACGUGAUAGUGACGCCAUGAUGCUCACUGUGAUCGAAAUUAAUUAAAGUAUUCUAUAAAUUAGUAAAAUUCAUAUUAAAAAAAAAUUCAUUAAAAUAAUUUUUGUUAAUGGCCAAUAUUUUUGUAACUACCUCUACGUGCAUAUAUACGAUAAGACGCGAAAAACUUCAUCCAUUUGGCAGUCAACGUGUUGAUAGUAAAAUUGAUUAAUUAAUUAAAUAUAGUAAUUUACAAGUAACCGUAUAUAAGAAAACAAAUAUUAUUUAGCGUAUUAUAAUUACGUUUCACCCGUAGCUUUGUUUGAUAAUGCGAGAAAUGAAGAAUGUAAUUAUUAUAUUUGCUGUAUGUGUACGUAUGUAUCGUAAUAUCGUGUUUGUGUUAAUCGUGCUAUCGAUUUUCGCUGAUAUCCUUGACAAAUUAAAAUAAGAAAUAAAGAAAACAAAAAAAAAAAAAAGAAAUAAAAAUAAUAACAGGCGAUAUUCUGCAAGAUAACAACUGCCAAUUAACAAAUGAGAAAUAAAUGGUACUAUUAGUUUAUCAUUUUAAGAGAGUUCCAAAACAUGAUGAUUGUAAUUAUUCUCUGAUUCUUCAGAUCGAACAAAUUCGACGAAGUACUUAGUUUAAAUAAUAAUUUUCAUGUGAAAAGCGUGCACUCUCGUCGAUACAUUUAUGAUUCUUUCAUUAUGAUCAUAUAUGUGAUAAAGAAUGUUUAGAUAAUUAUUAGAUUACAUACGUAUUCGGAUAAAUUUUGAUUCAUCAUUUUGUCUCGGGACAAUUUUGAGAGACUCGAUCAAGCGAAUUAUUAUUGCUAUUAGAAAUCUUGUGUUUUAUUGGGAAUGACAAACGAUUAACAAUAAGUGAUUAUUCGAACGUUGCGUAAUUACAUAAAUUAAUUGCCAAUGUUCAUAGCAAAUUUGUAAAUAUGUCACGAAUUGUAUUUAACGUUUUUUCUUGAUGAGAGAAAAUAAAUCGAGGACAUUUUUCUGCGGCAUUAAUCACUGUGAACAAAAAAAAAAUUAAUAUAUAAAUAAUAAAUAAUAAAUUCGAAAAAGCUGUAUAAUUUGUAUUUAAAAAUCAUCUCUACGUGUUAAAAUUAUUUUUCUCUUUUCUAGAUUGCUGUUUAAAGUGCACAAUGAAGGCAAAUUUUAGAUUAAUAGCGAUUCAUUUCUUUUUCCAUUAUCUCUCUGGUAGAUAAUAUUAUUUUUAUUUUUUUAGUAGAUUGCUGUGUUAUAGUGCACGAUAAUAAACGACUCGAGACGUCAGUGAUUAAUGUUUCAGUUUAUUAUAAACAUCUCACGAUUUUAUUGUUUAAUAGAUAUAUAAUACAUAUCCGAUGCUAACAUAUGUAAAUUGUAUAAUCGGGCUGUAUCGUUUCUGCUAGCGAUUUAGGCGAAUCUUCACACUAAAAAGAAAUUAUACGAUUGAUUGUUUAAUACACACUCAGCGAUAAUCUUUUUACCCAAAUUAUCAUAUAAGAAAAUUAUUAAUUAUUUCGAUUUUUUUAUAUAAA